GUUAACACACUGACCAGUUAAUAUACUAACCAGUUAAUAAACUGACCAGUUACUAAUUUAACCAGUUGAUACACUGACCAGUUACUAAUUUAACCAGUUAAUAAACUGACCAGUUACUAAUUGAACCAGUUAAUAAACUGACCAGUUAAUCUCACCACAGAGACUCGACACCACCACCAGUUCCAGCAAUAAUUCACACCAGAUAUGAUCAUAAUAUUGUGGAUUAACUUCGUUUUGAAGAGUGAUGUCACUUCAACAUGUUCAUCUGUGUUUUUCUGUCACAGGAAACUGAUCCAGACUUUACCCACUGUGCCGUGUGUAUUGAAGCGUACCAGCUCAACGAUGUGGUUCGCAUUCUGCCCUGCAAACAUGUCUUCCAUAAGCUGUGCGUGGACCCCUGGCUGAACGAACACUGCACCUGUCCCAUGUGUAAACUCAACAUCCUCAAAGCUCUCGGCAUCAUGACCAGUCUUCCCUGCGUGGACAGCGUGGUGUUGGAUGUGGAGCGUCUGGGCGUCAGUCAGGCGUCCGGUGGUCAGAGGCUGACGCUGGGCGACCAGCCGUCUAUUAGCCUUGAGCCGCUCAGCCCCCCCCCACCCUGAGGCCACGCCCAGAACACCUGCUGACAUCACCAUUGCUGUGACCAGCGGAGGUCACUUCUUCAACAGGACCUCGAUGUCUCCUCUGGUGGUCUGUGAGAUGGAGCUACCAGACAUCCAGGCCUCGCUAGACCUUUAUGACGACAACAAGUCCUGAGGCCCGUCGUCAUGGUUUACGACCCCCCUCCACCUGCUAAAACAUCAUCAAUCCAUCAGAUUUUCUUCAGACUGAACAUGGAGUCUAGACUCUGGUCUGGAUCCGGUUCUAAGUUUACACUUGUUAACCUUGACACGCGGGGCCAGUUGUUGGGUCAAAUUCUUAAAACACUACGUAAAACAAAUAAUUCAGAGAACUGAACUCCAGAUCCGACUCCGGCCCAGGAUCCAGAACCUGAACUAGGUUCCUCUGGUAGACCUGGAGGUAAUGUUGUUGUUGAACUUUGAGAAAAGAUCCUGGAAAACGUCCAGUCCAUCAAAGCGCUUUUGUGUUCUUGGAAAAGGGUUUCUGGGUCCUGAGUUCCUGAAAAGGUUCCUUGAAAGGUUACUGAGCACCUCAGAAAGUUUCUGGGUCCCUGGAAAACAGCAAAUUCCUUAAAUAGUUCUAGGAAAGGCCCUGGGUUUUUAAAAAGGUUGUGUUUCUGGAAAAGUCCCUAAAAGGUUCCUCUGGAAAAAUCCCUAAACGGUUCCUCAAACCCAGUGAAGGUUUCUGUCCAUGUCGUAACUCUGCAACCUGACCCUCUGUCUGAAGGCCUGUACCUGGAUCAGAACUCCUCUACUAGAGACACUGUCUGAGCUGAUUCUUCCUAUUCAUCAUCAGACUGGAACCAGGACCAGUGGAUGACCCGGAUCCUCUGGAGAGACAUUUGAGGAAACAAUCGUGGACUUUAAAGCUUGAUUUAUUGGAGGGUCAUGAGCAAAGUGCCAUCACCAGACACGCCCCUUUUUUAAACUACGUGGAUCGACGUAGACCAUGAGGAACUUUGAGGAGCUUCCAGAAACCAUCACAGAGUAAAAAGAUCCAAACGUUUCCACGUCCGCUCAUCGUUGGAAAGUAUAACCAAGGCUUCACAGUGUUAACUCCUCUGUAGCUCAACACAUGUUUCUCUGUAGAACAAAGAGACGUUAGAUUUAAAGGAGCAGUCCAACAUCUCAGAAGAUACUCUGGUUCUCUGUUUCUAUCAGGUAGAGUUCCUCAGAGAGGCGACACGGGUCCUCUGUUAUUAAAAGUUCUAGAGGUUUUAAACUUGUUCUUCAGAGUCAGACGAGAAGAUGAGUAGCUUAGCUUAGCACAAACAGUGGACCCAAGAAGAAACUUUCAAAAUGAACUUACAACAAUUUGAAGUCUGUCUGUUUGUAUCUAGUUAACUAACCAACCAAUCAGCAGUUCCUUCUGUAGUCAGCUGAUUUAGAUGACAGUCAACACAUCUGGAUUCCUCGGGUCUGUGAGCCAAUGAGAAGAGAGUCUGAGGUGGGUCACUUCCUGUAACUGUAAGCAAAACACAUGUAGGCUCACAUUCUUCAUGUUUUAACUCCUUGUGAUUAAAUAAUCUAAGUUUCAUUCAAAUGUGAAUAGAUUACUAUAAUAUAUAUGAACAGCUGGAGGAGUUAAUUCUCCGGUUGGUGCCGCUGCCGAUAUUUAUUUUAAGGUUGUAAUCAUCUGUACUGUCUCACAUCAGCUGCUCUUAGUUAGCUUUUAGCUCCUGCAGCUAACACACAAUAGGAAACAAUAGUGGAUGUUAGCAUCGACCCGAUAACGUUACUUCACAGACAACAUGAGUGAGGCCUGAAUCCUCUCUUCCUAUUGGCUGACAGACCUGGUUCUGUCUGAAUCCUCUCUUCCUAUUGGCUGACAGACCUGGUUCUGUCUGAAUCCUCUCUUCCUAUUGGCUGACAGACAUGAGAACCAGAGUGUCUCCUGAAGUGAUGGACUGCUUCUUUAAGAUGUAUUAAACAGCUUCUGAAUUACUCAGCGUGUAAUAAUAAUAAGCUCCAGUGAAGGAGCUCCAUAUAUUAAAAGCAUUAUACAAUCUAUAACCUGACUGAUCGAUCAAUAUUAUCUCUGAAGUGACCUGAGGACCCGUCUGUCCUCGUGUCUGUGUCACAUGCUGGUGAUGAUGUCACAUAAUGGUAACGAUGAUGAUGAAGAGGAUGAGUGUGAUGCUUUCAGUUCACUGUGUCUCUUACUGCCUCAGCAUUUAAGUGUCAUUAAAGUGUCUUUAUUGCCUUU